AUGGAUUCGUUCGCUCGCCACGGGUAUGCCCAGGGUCACCGGUCAUCCCGCGUUGAAACAAAACCAGUGUCCAGCCUGUCGCAGCAAUGGGAAUACGGCUAUGCCGCGCCCUCUGACGGGCGGAGGAGGCCGGCCGAAGGCGUUGGAUUUGAAGAUGGUCAUCGGGAAGCCAUGCGUGCUCGGGAUGUCUACCACAGACGGCCCCUAGGUACAUAUGACCCCGUGGGUCCGUAUCGAGAGCGGGAGGCGAUUCAUGAGCGGGGUCCGUAUCGCGAGGGAGAGCCAAUUCACCAGCGCGUGGAACUGCGUCGCAAGCACGAGGAACCUCCGCAGUCUCGGCUGGAACCGAGAGCUGAUAGCGCUUCGGACACGGACGAGUCGGGCCCCCGAAUCGCUAGACACACCAGACUUCGGGACGAGGACCCGGGUGUGGUGAAUUAUUAUUUUGACCUCGACCCGGAGCCCGUCUUCUACUCAUUCGGCGAGCUGGCGGGUAGGGAAAAUGGGAGCCCGCAGCUUAGUGGUGACGGCCUUUCCGACAACGAGUCAGGCGCGGCCGCACAGGACGAGGAAGUCUCAGCAGCCGAUGAGACCCUUAGCCCUGCCGCCUACCAUGUCCUGGAGUCGCAAUACAGUAGCGAUGGAUACGAGCAUGGCCACCAUUCUGCAAAGCUUACAGCUGUAUUGAGCGAGAGGGCUACCGUGUCUUAG